GCGGCUUACUCCGAUCUAUCAGUAACCUACUGGUGCCUUCAGCUAGUGCCAUAUACCCAACAAGGGUAAAGCGGCGAUAUCUCUUGUAUAAAGUAGACGGGGUAGUAUCCUCAUCGUUUUGCAAAGUAAAGGUGCGUUCUAAGGCGUUGCUUUUCGUUCUAUCAUUCAACUUGAAUCUCUACACCACUCCUUGCAGCCUUCACUUGAGCACGCCGCUAAAUAGUCAGACAAAAGGAAUCAUAUCCCUUCACUUGCCAACUGCGGUAUAAAACCUUCGAACUUCUCAACCCAUGAGUAAUUCAGAAAGCACGGAGUCAACUCCUAAGAUCCCUCCUCUUCCUCCACCAACAACCGAGCUAUCAGACACUUCAAGUUCCUCGCCAGUCAUUCUCCCAACGCCUUCAGUGAUCUCAGAGCCAGAUCAUAUCUCUCAAGACUUGAACAUGGACUCCAGUCACGACCAGGUUGAGGCUCAGAAAGCCGAAGCGACGCCAAAGGCUGAGCCUGAGGCAGUCGUUGUGCUACCGCCAUCUCCUUCCGCUGUGACUGACGGACACACCAAGACCGCCACCACUUCUACGAAUAAGGCCAAGACUGAGAGAAAGACGGAAAGCAAGAAGCGGUCCAAGGAGUCCAAGAGCAAAGCUGACGACCCAUCCGCUUCUGAGAGCAGUGAUGCAGAUAGUGAGUCUGAGGACAGUACCGAAGAUGAAAAGGAGAAGCGCAAGAGGAAGCGGAAAGAGGCAGCUAAGAAAGCGGCAGUUAAGAAGAAGGCAGCAAAAGAGAAGGUUAAGAAGAGCAAGAGCAAAAAGAAAAGAAAGAAAGCAGACUCAAGUGACGACUCUAGUGACGACGAUACUGAUGAUUCCGCGGAGUCGGAGUCGGACUCGACCUCUGAUUCAGACUCAGACGAUGCAAAGAAGAAGAAGAAGAAGAAGAAGAAGAAGAGUCGACGCAAGGAUGCCAAAACGAAAGCCAAGACGAAGAAGAAGGGCAUGAAAGCCGAGAGCUCUAGCGACGACAGUGACUCGGCGCUAUCGACCAGCACCUCCAGCUCAUCUAGCGGCGAUUCUGAUACCGACUUUGAUGACGUGAAGUCCAAGCGUAAGCGUGCCAAAGCCAAGCGCAAGGUCAAGAAGCCUGUGAAUGAUGACGGCUCUGCGUCUGAAAGUCCAGUAACAGUCACUACCACCGACGGAAGUGCACCCCCCAUCCCUGGUGAUGACCUUGAUACGCAAGUGACAAAGGUGAAUGCGAUUCUCAACAACCUCAGAAUGCAACAACUUGCUGUUGCAAAUACUGCAGCAGCUGGCAUCACCCCACCCUUGCCAAAGUCAUCGGCAAAGAAGAACGCACACGAAUUCAAGCGCAUUGAUCAGGUGUGGGAUACUAAGCUCCGCGAUUACAAGCUCAUCGAGAGCACAGCCGAUCAGAAAGACGAGUUCGAGUGUGUGUUCACCGUGCGACGACGGUUCAACUGGGAAGGCAAACAUCGCGAGACACUCGUCGACAUCAAGUCCAAGACACUGAGGGGCGUACUCCAGGUUGUUUUGAAAGAGUGCAAGAGCGUCAGUCUGGUGGAAGAUGUUCCAGAGAUUGAUCCCCACAUUCUCUUUCAUUAUUACGAUGAGAUCAAGAAGUACGCAAAGAAGACUUUGAAGCCCAAGUUGAAGCGUGCGAAGAAGUCGAAAGAAAAGAAGAAACUCACGCAAGAGAUCGCUCAGUGCAAGCUGCUUCUUGGUUACAUCGACGAGGACUAUGCUGCAACCCGAAAGGCGUUGAAACCGUUGCUGAAGGCGGGUACGAUUACUUAUGAACUCUGCUGGGCGCUAUUUAAGCCGAACACAAUUGUCUACACGCCCACCUAUGGCAACAAAGAGGACCCGAGGUGUUUCAGAGUUGAACAAUGCUUUGAGUAUGAAAGCUGGCUGAGCGGAGCAAAGUCAUGCUGCAUCGAUGGCAAGUACCUCGAGUAUGACGGUCAGAUGUUUGGACUCGGCGACCAUGAAGCCGAGAUCAAGUCUUUCAAGGGUCACAAGAAGAUCACCAGUCUGGUUGCAUACCCACUGAAGUAUCACAAGGAUCCCAAGGGAACCCAGAAGCUACUCAUCGAGCGAGGCAAGAAGUUCGUCGCUCUCCAGGGCAUGAGCUACCGCCUUCAGAAAGGCAUAGCCUAUCAGAAAGUCAAGAACACGAUUGCGAAGUACAACAUCAACGGUCGUGUCAUGGUCGACCCAGCGAUCUUCCGUCGGAUACAGCCAAAUUACCCAUUAUCCUACAUCAAGCCAGACGAGCUGAAUCGAGAAGACGACGAGGCUGGGCAGGAAAUGAGCGAUGACUGCUGCUGCUCAAGUGACGAUGAUGAUGUGUCGGAUAGCGAGAAGCCUGAAACAGACCCAAUGCGUGUCGUGUUGUGGAAAGACAGCAAGGGCAAGAAGCAUCCCAUCAAGGUACUCCAGAGUACGAUUGAUGCUGAGAACGGUGUUGGAGAUAAUGCUACCACCAAGCUCGAAACGGACGACGAUGGCAAUAUGGUGGAUCAUGUCUUCGCUGAGGAAGAGCUCUUGAUCGCCUCUCCAGUCGUUCUUGGCUUCGCCUUCUCCGAAAAGCUUUGGCUCGAGUUCUCGCUCUCCGGCAUCGAGGAGAUCCAAUGGAAUCCCGAAGCCUUCGACUCGCUCGUCCUGCCCGACAAGAUCAAGUCCAACCUCAAAGGCCUUGUGUCCUCGCACCGUUUCAACGCCGCCCGCACAAUCGACGACGUCAUCCAAGGCAAAGGUAAAGGCCUCAACGUCGUGCUCCACGGCCCACCAGGGGUCGGUAAAACACUCACUGGCGAAUCUAUCGCCGAGUACCUCAAAUGCCCACUCUAUGCAGUCUCAGCCGGCGAACUCGGCACCAACUCCGGCAGUCUUGAGCGCGACUUGAACCGCAUCAUGGACAUCACGCACUCGUGGGGUGCGAUCCUGCUACUCGAUGAAGCCGAUGUGUUUCUCGAGGCACGUCAGCCGCACGAUAUUCACCGCAACAGUCUUGUUUCGGUCUUCCUUCGACUCACGGAGUACUACCAGGGCAUUCUGUUUUUAACGACCAAUCGUGUCGAGACGUUUGAUGAGGCGUUCCAGAGCAGGAUUCAUAUGGGCAUCCGUUAUGAGAAUCUGAAGCCGGCUGCGAGGAAGAAGAUUUGGCAGCACCAUGUGGGCAAGGUGGAGAAGAUGGCGGUAAACGAAAAUGAGAACGGCAAAGGAAAGCAGAAGGUGAAGCCUUUCACUGACUCGGACUUCAACGAGCUAAGUAAGAGGAACAUGAAUGGACGACAGAUCAAGAACACGGUCAAGACGGGCCAGUCGAUUGCGCUCUCCGAGAAAGCAACGUUCAGCAUGGAGCAUAUCAAGCGUGUUCUUGAAGUUGCUGAAGCCUUCGAAGAUGAUAUGCGCGGUGGCAAGGGCUAUCGUGAUGCGAUGCAGCACUACACCUAGAGUCGCUUUCGAAGACUCAAACUUCGGUGGUACCAGUGUGAACUGCGGCUUCGAAUCAGCAGAAUUUGCCCAACAACCCGAACCGCGUUCUGUACACCGUGUACAAGAAUGGUGCUAUGACGGGAAGGGAGCGAUACGGCAACAAUGCCACACGGUAUAAAUGAUAGGGUAUUAAAGAUCAUACAGGCGUACGGAUGCCGGAAGACUGUGCUGGGUAACGAUUUUGAUCCGUGUGUAGGAUAUACUAGGUACAUUACAUCUCACUCCGCUAUGUGUAGCUAGGGUCUCUCAUCUCACAUAAUGACAUACGUUAUCGAUCGU